AUGAAUAGAGAUAUCGAUAAACCUAAUAAUGAGGGAAAGACACCACUUAUGGACGCGUGUGAUAAAGGACAUCUGUCAGUAGUUAGCCGCCUUAUUGAGAGAGGGGCCGACAUUAACAUUACCGACAACGAUGGAGACACAGCAUUUAAAUGGUCUUGUUUAGGUGGUAACAUUGAUAUGGUAAACUUUCUUAUAAAUCAAGGUUGUGAUAUAAAUAAACCUAAUAAUGAGGGAAAGACAUCACUUAUGGACGCGUGUGAUAAAGGACAUCUGUCAGUAGUUAAUUGUCUAAUUGAGAAAGGUGUCGACAUUUAUAUUACUGACAAGGACGGAGACACAGCAUUUAAAUGGUCUUGUUUAGGUGGUAACAUUUAUGUGGUAGACUUUUUUAUAAAUAAAGGUUGUGAUAUACAUCAACCUAAUAAUAAGGGAAAGACACCACUGAUGGACGCGUGUGAUAAAGGGCAUCUGUCAGUAGUUAACCUCCUGAUUGAGAGAGGUGCCGACAUUAAUAUUACUGACAACGAUGGCGACACAGCAUUUGCAUGGUCUUGUAUAGGUGGUAACAUUGAUUUGGUAGACUUUCUUAUAAAUAAAGGUUGUGAUAUAAAUAGACCUAAUAAUGAGGGAAAGACACCACUUAUGGACGCGUGUGAUAAUGGACAUCUGUCAGUAGUUAGCCGCCUUAUUGAGAGAGGGGCCGACAUUAACAUAACCGACAACGAUGGAGACAUAGCAUUUAAAUGGUCUUGUUUAUGUGGUAACAUUGAUAUGGUAGACUUUUUUAUAAAUCAAGGUUGUGAUAUAAAUAAACCUAAUAAUAAGGGAAAGACACCACUGAUGGACGCGUGUGAUAAAGGACAUCUGUCAGUAGUUAACCUCCUGAUUGAGAUAGGUGCCGACAUUAAUAUUACUGACAACGAUGGCGACACAGCAUUUGCAUGGUCUUGUAUAGGUGGUAACAUUGAUUUGGUAGACUUUCUUAUAAAUAAAGGUUGUGAUAUAAAUAGACCUAAUAAUGAGGGAAAGACACCACUUAUGGACGCGUGUGAUAAAGGACAUCUGUCAGUAGUUAAUCGUCUAAUUGAGAAAGGUGCCGACAUUUAUAUUACUGACAACGAUGGCGACACAGCAUUUGCAUGGUCUUGUAUAGGUGGUAACAUUGAUUUGGUAGACUUUCUUAUAGAUAAAGGUUGUGAUAUACAUAAAUCUAGUGAUAAUGGGAUGACACCAUUAAUGUACGCGUGUCAUAAAGGACAUCUGUCAGUAGUUAAUCGUCUAAUUGAGAAAGGUGCCAACAUUAAUAUUACUGACAAGGACGGAGACACAGCAUUUAAAUGGUCUUGUUUAGGUGGUAACAUUAAUGUGGUAGACUUUCUAAUAAAUAAAGGUUGUGAUAUAAAUAGACCUAAUAAUGAGGGAAAGACACCACUUAUGGACGCGUGUGAUAAAGGACAUCUGUCAGUAGUUAGCCGCCUUAUUGAGAGAGGGGCCGACAUUAACAUUACCGACAACGAUGGAGACACAGCAUUUAAAUGGUCUUGUUUAGGUGGUAACAUUAAUGUGGUAGACUUUCUUAUAAAUAAAGGUUGUGAUAUAAAUAGACCUAAUAAUGAGGGAAAGACACCACUUAUGGACGCGUGUGAUAAAGGACAUCUGUCAGUAGUUAAUCGUCUAAUUGAGAAAGGUGCCGACAUUUAUAUUACUGACAAAGACGGAGACACAGCAUUUAAAUGGUCUUGUUUAGGUGGAUUUCAUGCACAUAACUCAAACGAAUCCUCUCUGGUUGAUGCUUGUGAAAAAGGACAUAUCUCCAAAGUAAAACAUUUUAUAAGGAAAGGUGCUGACGUUAACAUUACCGACACGUAUGGAAACACUCCAUUUGCAUUGGCCUGUGCAACUGAUAACAUUGAUAUUGCAAACCUACUGAUAGAUAAAGGUAGUGAUAUACACAAACCUGACAAAAAUGGGGAGAUACCUCUCAUGCUUGCUUGUCGGAGAGGAUCUCUGUCAGUAGUCAAACGUCUUAUUGAUAGAAGUGCUGACAUAACCAUUACUGAUGAUGACGGAUAUACGCCUUUUUUGUUGUCCUGUAAAUAUAAUUACAAUAAAAUUGCUAAUCUACUGAUAGAUAAAGGUUGUGAUAUACAAAAAGUUGACAAAAAUGGGAAAACACCUAUAAUGUUUGCUUGUCAAAGAGGAGCUAUAUCUAUAGUUAAACGUCUUAUUCAGAGAGGAGCUGAAACUAUCAUUACAGACAAUGACGGAGACACUCCAUUUUCAUUGUCUUGCAGUAAAGGUUAUAAAAAAAUUGCUAAUCUUCUGAUAGAUAAAGGUUGUAUUAUACUUAAACCAGACAAAAAUGGGAAGACACCUCUCAUGCUUGCUUGUUGGAGAGGACAUCUAUCAGUAGUGAAACGUCUUAUUCGGAGAGGUGCUAAAAUUAACAAAACUGAUAAUGACGGAGACACGCCAUUUACGUUGUCCUGUGGAUAUGGUUAUAGUGAAAUUGCUGAUCUACUGAUAGAUAAAGAUUGUGAUAUUCAUAAACUUGACAAAAAUGGGAAGACACCUCUCAUGCUUGCUUGUCGAAGCGGACAUACGUCAGUAGUAAAACAUCUUAUUGAUAAAGGUGCUGACAUCAACCUUACUGACAAUGACGGAGACACUCCCUUUGUAUUGUCUUGUGAAUACAAUUACAAUAAAAUUGCUAAUCUACUGAUAGCUCAAGGUUGUGAUAUACAUAAACUUGACAAAAACGGUAUGACACCUAUAAUGCUUGCUUGUCGUAGAGGAAAUUUGUCAAUAGUAAAACUUCUUAUUAGUAGAGGUGCUGACAUCAACAUUACAGACAUUGACGGAGAAACACCGUUUUCAUUGUCCUGUGGAUAUGGUUAUAGUGAAAUUGCUGUUCUACUAAUAGAUAAAGGUUGUGAUUUACAUAAUCCCGACAAAAAUGGGAAGACACCUAUAAUGCUUGCUUGUCGUAAAGGAUAUCUAUCAGUAGUUAAACGUCUUAUAAAGAGAGGUGCUGGUAUUAACACUAGCGACAACAAAGGAAACACACCAUUGGCAUUGUCCCGUUAUAUUAAAAUUACUGAUAGAUAA